AUGAUGAAGGCAGUUCUCCCGCUGCUUGUCGUCUUCGGCUGCUCCUGCUCGGAUGCAUUCAUUGUCCCAGCUUCAGUCUCACUUGCUCGCAAGGGCCUCGGCGUCAGGAUGUCAAGUGCUUCUCAGCAGGGUGCUGCUCCCUUUGGGACAGUCGAAGACUUACAGCACGUUGUGGACGAGGCGGCGAAGGGUCUCAACUGGAAGAAGAAGGUCACCCUCCUUGGCUCCACUGGGUCCAUUGGAACUCAGACCCUCGACAUCGUGAAGAAUGUCCCGGAGAGAUUUGAGAUCGAAGGCCUGGCUGCUGGAGGAAAUGUCGCUCUUCUUGCUCAACAGAUCAAGGAGUUCAACCCCAAGAUCGUUUCUGUUCGAGAUGAAUCCGUCUUGAAGGAGCUCAAGGAGGCCUUGUCUGGAUGGAAUGGAAAGAUGCCUGAGCUUGUGUUUGGACCCAAAGGGAUCGCAGAGGUCGCCAAGUACGGAGAUUCCGAUGUUGUCGUCACCGGCAUCGUCGGAUGCGCUGGACUUCUGCCCACGGUCGAGGCUAUCAAGGCUGGCAAGGACAUCGCGCUUGCUAACAAGGAGACUCUCAUCUCCGGUGGACCCGUUAUCCUCCCCCUCCUCAAGGAAUAUGGUGUCAAGAUGACUCCAGCUGAUUCCGAGCACAGCGCGAUCUUCCAGUCCCUCCAGGGUGUUCCCCCCGGAGGUCUUCGCAAGGUUAUCCUCACAGCUUCUGGCGGCGCCUUCCGUGACUUCUCAGCUGACGAGCUGCUGGAGCUCUGCGAGAAGGACCCGGAGUUCAUUCGCAAGAAGGCAACUACUCAUCCUAACUGGGACAUGGGAGCAAAGAUCACAGUUGACUCAGCGACUCUCAUGAACAAAGGACUUGAGGUCAUUGAGGCUCACUACCUCUUCGGCGUCAGCUACGACGACAUCGAAGUUGUCGUCCACCCUCAGUCCAUCCUCCACUCCGCCAUCGAGACCCGCGACUCCUCUGUCAUCGGGCAGCUCGGCUGGCCCGACAUGCGCCUCCCCCUCGUCUACUCCAUGUCCUGGCCCUACCGCCUUGAGAUGCCGUACGAGCCGCUCGACUUUGCUAAGUUGGGCAAGAUGACUUUCAUGGCGCCGGACCGCAAGAAAUAUCCUUCUCUUGACUUGUCCUACUCCGCUGGAAGGACUGGGGGAACUAUGACAGCUGUGUUGAACGCCGCCAAUGAGCAGGCGAAUGAGAUGUUCAGGAAUGGAGAGAUUGGUUAUCUCGACAUCUUCAAGGUCAUUGAGAAGGCGAUGGAAGCACACAAAUCCGAUCUCAGCAUGAAGCCAUCCCUUGACGACAUUGUUGAGAUUGAUGGAUGGGCAAGAAACUUCGUCAAGGAACAGAGCAAGACCAAGAUCACUAAGUAGUGAUGAUGAUGAUGAUGAUGAUGAUGAUGAUGAUGAUGAUGAUGAUGAUGUAAUGAUGAUGAUGAUGUAAUGAUGAUGGUCGACGACGACAAGAUGUAGAAGACUUUGACAACAUUCAAGUUUUACAUUCAUGAUUAUCAGCAUAGUUUGUUUGAUUAUCAGGCUAGUUUGUUAAGAGAAACAAUGACGCUAUAAACAUA